AAACUUGGGAGAGAAUGAAGAAGGCUUUGAAAGCGUACGGCGCCGUUCUGAGGCUGGUGAGGCGGCUGCCCAAGGAUACAAGGCCAUACUACGCCAAGUACGCCAGAGAGAAUUUCGUCAACUACAGAGAAGUCGACGCCGCCGACCCUAACACCCUUAAUGACCUCUUCAAUAGAACUUACACCCACUCUCUUUGGGUUCUCAACAAGUAUUCGGUGGACCAAGCGGCUGCUGAUAAACUGAAAGAGAUCUGCUGCAGUUAAUAUACUCAUGUGCGUUCCAGAAUGCGGCAUGUUGUGUAGGAUCAGUGCCAUGUCGCGUGACUAAUGCUGCAAGGAGGUAUUUUUUUUGGCUUUCAUUCCUGCUUUUUCCGGUGAUAGUCUUGACUUUUGAGAAGGAACCAUCAGCUUAGAUUGGAGUUCAAUGUGUCGGCAUUAUCAGAGGACAAGGACACAGUUCUAUUUUUUUAUCUCUUUUCUUCGAUUGUCAGUCUACAAACGGGGUAUUUAGCGGAAAAUCCAAGGAUAAAUCUUUAUGAUAAC